CUUCUUUCACACACACUUUUUAUUUUCUAACACCACCUUCAUCCCCUUGUAUAAAAAACCACACUUUCCCUUUCUUCAUUUUCAUCAUCACCAAUACACAACUGUGCAAAAAAAAAACUGAAUUUGCUUACUUUGUUCUAUUACACUAUUACAACACACACCAUGUUCAAUCAAGAGAAACUCGUGCAUUACCAAGUAGAACAACAACCAUCAUGGAGUUACUACAUGGCAAGAAGAACAAUGGAAGAAGAUCAAAUGGAGAGAAUCAUGAGAUUAGCUACACAGAGUGCUGUUGUGAUAUUCAGCGUUGGUAGUACUAGUUGUAUGUGUCAUGCAAUGAAGAGUUUGUUUAGUGGAAUGGGAGUGAAUGCAAUGGUUCACGAACUUGAUCAAGAUCCAAAACCAUUCAUGAGGUUACUUGGAAAUUCAACAUCACUUCCUGUUGUUUUCAUUGGUGGCAAGUUAGUUGGUUCUAUGGAUACAGUUUUGGCUUUUCACAUCAAUGGUUCUCUUGUUCCUCUUCUCAAACAUGCUGGUGCUUUGUGGCUUUAAAUUAGAUUCUGAGCUUCUUAGUCAUUAGAGUUGGAUUUAAUUAGUGAUAAUGAUAUCAUGCUUAAUUAUAGAGAUAUUAAUAUAAUUAAGCACUGACUUGUAAUGAUUUGUAAGGAACUGUCAAUGA